GCGGCCGGGGUGCUCGCAUUGCGCGCGCUUGCAAUCACGGACAACGCGCAUCAGCAACAAUGCGUCGUCUCCACAAAUUAGCCGCGACCGCACGACCAGCACACGUCGCACGCCGCCGCGCCUGGCCACUGAGAGGUGCCAGCUCGACGAGCAGCAGUGGCGGCGACGACGGCAGCGAUGCCGCGAAGAAACCAGCCGAGGCGCCGGCAGGCCGAGGGCGAGGCGCAGGUCGCGGCCGCGGCGCCGGCGGCCGCGGAAGAGGUAGAGGCGAGGUGUCGCAGGAGCAAUUGUGGAGGUACGAGGACGCGCUGCUGUCCAGCAUACAGGUCAACCCCCCCGCCGCGGCGACGACCCAUGAUGAGCCCGCGGCGCCCGACAACGACAUGCUCGGCGCGGACUGGGAGUCCUCUUCAUCAGGGACGGAGCGGGACCUCUCGUACCUGACGAGACGAAGGAGACAGGGGUCCAUCGUCGCCCCCGAAGAGUACGACUUCCAGGUGCACCAGCAUGAUAGGGAAAGGCCCCACGAGCUGCUGGCGCGGUUGAAUCGAUACCGCGGCGACCGGCCGCGCUGUGACAAGAAGUCAGGUUUUCAUUUGAUCGACCCGGAGCAGGUGCACGCGGGGAACUUGGCUUUCUUGUCGGAGUACGUCACGGAAGGCGGCAUGAUCGCGAAGCGGCACCAGUCGCGGUUGUGCGCCAGAUGUCAACGGCGCGUGCGCAAGGCGGUGAAGCGCGCGCGGUCGCUGGGCCUGAUCCCCACGGACGCCUCUUUUGACGCGGAGAACACGCUGGGGUUUCCUGAUGACGUCCACAAGUGUCACGUGUCGCGGACGAUGUAGGAGCUCUGGCUAAUGAUCUGUUUCGUUCUA